AAAUUGCUCUAAUAGUGUUGCGUGCUUAUCACUAUUUUUUUCUUAUUCAAAGUCAAAUGAGAUUAUGUCAUCACAUCUCACAAGAUAGAAACUUGGAAGAGGGAAGUUUGUUGACAUUUUCAUGCGCUUCAAUUGUCUCCAAAAUUCCAGAUUCGUCAUCAUGGCCUCGUCUAACAAUGGCAGCGCAAAGAAACUUAUUCAAAUUGACGUGAGUGCUGACACUGUAUGCCCGUGGUGCUUUGUGGGGAAAAAGAAUUUGGACAAAGCUAUAUCUUCUUCAGAUGAUAGAUACACUUUUGAGAUCAAUUGGCAUCCUUAUAUGCUUAAUCCUUCAGCACCUAAAGAAGGGGUAGUUAAGAAGGAAUUUUACCUUAAUAAGUUUGGGCCUCGAGCUGUACAAAUGGAAGCGCGAAUGACUGAGAUUUUUAAAGGCCUUGGACUGGAGUACGACACUUCUGGACUUACGGGAAACACUCUGGAUAGUCACAGGUUAAUCUAUUUUGCUGGCAAACAAGGGCUCGACAAGCAACAUAAACUCGUUGAAGAGCUUUACCUCGGCUACUUCACACAGGGAAAGUACAUAGGUGACAGGGAUUUCCUUGUGGAGAGUGCUAAAAAGGUUGGAAUUGAAGGAGCAUCUGAGUUUCUUGAAGAUCCAAACAACGGGGUAAAUGAGGUUAAUGAAGAAAUCGAGCAACACUCGGCCCACAUUAGUGGAGUCCCUCAUUAUGUGGUGAACGGGAAGUACCAAUUGAGCGGAGGCCAACCACCUGAGAGUUUCCUAAAAGCUUUUCAGGCUGCUGCAAAUACCUAGUUAUGUGGGUUUCCAUCCGAGACAAAAUGUAAAAUAAAAUAAAAAUGAGGAGCUUUAAUAUAAUAACUUAUGCAAUCUGAAACGAUACACAGAAUAUUUUCAUGUCUUGUAUUGCCUCUUUUGAUUUCCUUUGAAACUCUUCUGGAGGUUAUACUAUUAUGCUAGUUAGUAGUGUGCCAACCACGGUAACUGAAACUUAAAUAAUGUUGUCUUGUCUGUUUCUAUUAUGUAAAUAAUUCAACUGGAUAUGGAACCAAUAUUUUGGAGGGUGAUUUUAAUGUGAUUUGCCUCAAAUCAUGAUUUUGUUGCUGUAUUUCAUAUUGUAUGUUUCCACCGCAAAGGGAAG